CGCUGCACUAAGGUCACUGCUGUCAUUCGGUAGCUAUCUAGCCGAAGGAGCGAAGCGGAGGAGGUGCAGGAAAGACCAAACAAAACAAGCAACAUGUCUCUGUCUAACAAACUCACACUGGACAAGGUGGACGUGAAGGGGAAGAGGGUCGUCAUGAGGGUUGACUUCAACGUUCCAAUGAAGGACAAGCAGAUCACAAACAACCAGAGGGUCAAAGCAGCCGUUCCCAGCAUCCAGCACUGCCUGGACAACGGGGCCAAAUCAGUGGUCCUGAUGAGCCACCUGGGCCGUCCUGACGGAAACGCCAUGCCAGACAAAUACUCCCUGGAGCCCGUCGCCGCUGAGCUCAAGAGCCUGCUGGGGAAGGACAUCACCUUCCUGAAGGACUGCGUGGGCGGAGAGGUGGAAGCCGCCUGCGCUAACCCCGCCGCUGGGUCCGUCAUCCUGCUGGAGAACCUCCGCUUCCACGUGGCCGAGGAGGGGAAGGGCAAGGACGCCUCCGGAAACAAGACCAAAGCCUCCCAGGCGGAGAUCGACUCCUUCAGGGCGUCUCUGUCCAAACUCGGAGAUGUUUAUGUCAACGAUGCUUUUGGCACGGCUCACAGAGCCCACAGCUCCAUGGUGGGAGUGAAUCUGCCUCAGAAGGCGGCCGGUUUCCUGAUGAAGAAGGAGCUGGACUACUUCGCCAUGGCUCUGGAGAAACCUCAGAGGCCCUUCCUGGCCAUCCUCGGAGGAGCGAAGGUGAAGGAUAAGAUCCAGCUGAUCAACAACAUGUUGGAUCAAGUCAAUGAGAUGAUCAUCGGCGGCGGCAUGGCCUUCACCUUCCUCAAAGUCCUCAACAACAUGGAGAUCGGUAAUUCCCUGUACGACGAGGAGGGAGCCGGCAUCGUAAAGGACCUGAUGGCCAAAGCCGAGAAGAACGGCGUCAAGAUCACGCUGCCCGUCGACUUCAUCACUGCAGACAAGUUUGACGAGAACGCCACCACAGGCGUUGCAAAGGUCGCUGAUGGCAUCCCCGCCGGCUGGAUGGGUUUGGACUGUGGACCAGAGAGCUCAAAGGCGUACGCCGAGGCGGUGGGCAGGGCCAAGCAGAUCGUGUGGAACGGGCCUGUGGGUGUGUUUGAGUGGGAAAACUUUGCCAAAGGGACGAAGAGCCUGAUGGACAAAGUGGUCGAGGUGACCGCAAAAGGCUGCAUCACAAUCAUCGGUGGGGGCGACACUGCCACCUGCUGUGCCAAGUGGGACACAGAAGACAAGGUCAGCCAUGUGAGCACAGGAGGCGGAGCCAGCCUGGAGCUGCUGGAGGGUAAAGUCCUGCCAGGUGUGGACGCACUGAGCAGUGCCUAAACUUCCCAUCAGACCACUGCAGCGUGUGUGUGUGUGUGUGUGUGUGUGUGUGGACGUAUGUGUGAGGAAGAGUGUGUGUGUAUGAGAGGUGGGUAGCUCCUCAGCCAGAUUCCUGUUUACUCCUGAAAACCGACUUUAUUAGCAAAAAUGCCUCCACUUUACCAAUCAUUUAAUCUGGUGUUAAGUUUUUAUUCUUUAAGUUCUGACCCUGGAGGAGAUCAUGUCUUUACCCUCCGAUGUGUCAACGCUCACUGACUGUAACACAGAGAGCCGUCUGCCUUACAGAAACUCCUCAAGUCAAGCUGCAAGUCGUUGAAUGACCUUUUUUUUAAAGGUGAAAAAU